AUGGGGGGGGGGGCAGGCUCCAGAAGAUAAUGACCUCCUGCUGUGGGACAGGGAGGGAAUACUCUGGUCUCAGCCCCACACCAGGAAGUAAGCUGAGGUCACGGGCUGGCUGCCCACUUCCCUGUUGCUGGGAUACCUUUGUCCCUGUCAACAAUGGCUCCAGGGCCUUGGUGAUUAGAGCCUCUGGGAAGGUAGGGCCAGACAUGGAAAACUUGAGGCGGGAGGCUAAUCGGCCCUCUGUUCCCUCAGGCACUCUUGAACUCUACUUCCCUGACCAUCUCUACCGCAAUGACUACUUGUCCCUGGAGGGGCCCCGUUGGGCGCCGGCCACCAAGCAAGCCGUGCGCUGGAAAUUCACACCCAUGGGACGGGACGCGGCCGGCCAGGUUUGGUUCACCGGCCUAACCAACUCGAACCCAUGCGAUGCCUGGUACAUGCUGCCCCGCGCACUCUUCACUCCGUACCGCGAGGCCCACACGCGGUGGAACGGCUGCUUCCAGAGUCGCCAGCGUGGGUUGCCACCCGCCUACACACAGCACUUGCGGGAGAUGGCCUUCUGGGACCCCGCGAUACCCGCGCAGUACCUCAACCCGGGCACGCGCUGGGGGUGUCUGCAGUGGAGGGACAGGCAAAUCCGCGGCAAGGAGUUUGUGGUCACCAGGAACCAGUUCGGGGCAGAGCUGCCCCGGCGGUCGGACUAUGUACCGCACCUGUCACCGCCACAGCGGCCGCGCUUCACCGCGCAGGACUUCAGACAGCGGGGCCUGGAGAGGCCUUGCCCGGCCACCGGCCAGCCGCCCCCGGCUUUCACACCCACGCUCUGAUAAAGCUGUGCUACCAA